UCGCCCUGAGAGCGGGUGCCGCGGGCCGAGAUGCUCCUCCGGGACCGGGUGCUGCGCCGUGGUUGCUGCUGGUCUUCGCUGCUGCUGCACUGCGCGCUCCACCCGCUCUGGGGCUUCGUGCAGGUGACGCACGGGGAGCCCCAGAAGUCCUGCUCCAAGGUGACCAACAGCUGUCAACACAUCUGCCAGUGCCGACCCCCUCCCCCGCUGCCCCCACCACCCCCGCCCCCGCCACCUCCCAGACUCCUCUCUGCUCCAGCUCCCAACUCUACCUCGUGCCCCGCUGAGGAGAGCUGGUGGUCGGGGCUGGUGAUCAUCAUCGCGGUAUGCUGUGCCUCCCUGGUCUUUCUCACUGUGCUUGCCAUCAUUUGCUACAAAGCCAUCAAAAGGAAACCACUGAGGAAAGAGGAGAACGGCACCAGCGUGGCUGAGUAUCCCAUGACCUCCUCGCAGAGCAAAGGGGUGGAUGUGAACAGCGCCGUGGUGUGAGUCUGCAGGCCCUGGACCCGCUGCCAGAGGGGCACCUUGGUGGCACUAGUGGACACGGGGAGGCAGGUGGACACAAGCUGCCUCAGGGCUUGUCCAGGACUUCAUUGCCUUGCAGGCCUUGAGCCUCCCAAAGGAGAAAUCAUCCUCUUCCCAGCCUUGCCCCUGGUUAGGCCACAGGCAAGGGCAGUGCAAAC